AUGUCUCCCACUCACUCCAUCGACAGUUCCAUCCUCGGAACAGUUGGGCCGAGUACCCUUCCUCCCACUCCCGGUGCCUCUCAAGACCCAGAUCAUAUUGCUUUCCACCCCAUCCAUCCACCUCGCGCCCACUUUCAACGCGAGAGCCUGUCAUCAAGGACUCCUCCUCGCUCAAGACCAGCUUCCCUCCACACCACCGGCUCAUCGUCAGGUAACGGCUACGACGAUGAGUUCCGCUACCGCACAAUGGUCAGCUACUUGGCCAACAGAGUAUCUGCCAACGGAUGGAUGCCGCAGCCAGCCAUCAAGGACCCAUCGCAAGGCCUUGGUGUUCUACUAAGACAGUCCCGCGGCAACUACGUUUGCUGCCCAGAGAGCAUCUACGAUGAGCUGCUCUUCGCAGUGCAACGCCUCAACGUCGGGGUUGCCGUUACCAUGAAGCCAGAGAUGCUGUCAGGCAUCAUCGCCAGCCUAUACCCAGGCCAACAGGAACUCCGCCUGAAAGGAGGGUCCCAGCUCCAGAUCCUUGACUCCCUCGCCGCAGUCACUUCCUCUGGCGUCAAGAAGUUCCAGUACGGUGCCAUUCUCCGGCAUGAGGGGGUACUCCUCGUCUGGCAGGACGAGAUCCAGCACAUCCUGGCCCACGCCCAGAGGAUGGAAGACAAGCUCUUGACCUACGUCUGGGGCCGCAACUCGGGGAUGCACACUCCGAUAUCCUCGCCCUUUGCCGGUGCAAGUCCCUUCCAGUCGCCAUCGGAUUCGGUGUCGAACUUCUCAAUGUUCCCCGAGAAGGGGGCUGCCGGCGUUCAAGUCCAGGAGCAGGGAGAGGAUGGUGAUGACGAAGAGAAGGAGUCACAGGAACGGCCAGAGUCUGUCAACCGGCCUUUCAUGUUACACAGUGCCUUCUUUGUCGGCAUGGGAGUGUGUCUCGCAAUCGUCCUCGUCUACGGCUUCUCCAUCGGCGAGCUGGUCUCUGAGAGCAUGAUGGACGGCCAAUAUAUCAGGCUCGCGCUGAUCGCCGCCUGCCCAUUCCUGAUGUUCGCCGGGCUGUUCUUCUUCCAGGUCAUCUUUGGCGACAUCUGGCAGAUGAUCGGUCCCCUCAAUGGCCUCAAGACGAACUCGCGGCACUACUCCUGCAUCAAGCCGUCCAUGAAGACCGCCUACUCCCUCGGGUUCAGCCCACCCCACAUCACGAUCCAGAUGCCCGUCUACAAGGAGGGCAUGGAGAGCGUCAUCAUACCCACCGUCAAGUCCCUGCAGGCCGCCAUCUCGUUCUACGAGUCCCGCGGCGGCACGGCCUCGAUCUUCAUCAACGACGACGGCAUGCGCGCCGGCAUGUCGGACGAGGAGGCCCAGGCGCGGCGCGAGUUCUACCACGACAACAACAUCGGCUGGGUCGCGAGGCCCAAGCACGGCGAGGACGGCUUCGAGCGGAGGGGCAAGUUCAAGAAGGCCUCCAACAUGAACUUUGCCCUGAACCUGUCGCAGAAGGUCGAGGGGUACCUCCAGGCCGCCGUCGACGCCCGGUGUGCGCUGCAGCCGGGGCACCGCGACUCGGACCCCGCGAUGCUGGAGGAGCAGGAGCUGGAUAACCUCUACCACGAGUCCCUCGGCCGUGCGCUCAGGGAGAAUCCCAAGGCCAUGGCGGAGGGGGACAUCCGCAUUGGCGAGUUUAUCUUGAUCGUCGACUCUGAUACGCGUGUGCCUGUUGAUUGCCUGCUCUACGGCGCGGCCGAGAUGUUCCUCUCGCCCGAGGUCGCCAUCGUACAGCACUCGACUGGCGUGAUGCAGGUCGCCUGGGACUACUUCGAGAACGGGAUCACCUUCUUCACCAACAUGGUGUACACCGCUAUCCGGUUCUCCAUCGGGUCUGGUGAGGUCGCCCCCUUUGUGGGCCACAAUGCCUUCCUGCGCUGGGCGGCGGUGCAGGACGUCGGCGUCGUCGAGGAGAACGGGGACCUCAACUACUGGUCCGAGAGCCACGUGUCUGAGGAUUUCGACAUCGCCCUCCGGAUGCAGAUCAAGGGGAGCACCGUUCGCAUUGCUAGUUACCAUGGCGAUGGCUUCAAGGAAGGCGUGUCCUUGACCAUCUACGACGAGAUUGCCCGUUGGCAAAAGUACGCCUAUGGUUGCAGCGAGAUGGUGUUCAACCCACUGUACAAGUGGCCGACGAAGGGCCCCUUCACGAAGCUUAUCCGGACAUUCCUCGGCUCGCGGAUGAUGCUGUCAUCCAAGAUCAGCGUGUUUGCCUACAUCUGCUCCUACUUCGCCAUCGGUGUCGGCCUGCCAAUGACAGUCCUCAACUACUUCCUGGUCGGCUGGUUCGAUGACAGCUUGGACCACUUCUACCUGCCCUCGUGGAAAGUCUUCGUCUCGCUCCUGGUCGUCUUUAACCUUGCUGGAGGAAUCUCGCUCGCCGUCAUCCGUUACCGGACCGGCGAGCGGUCACUCCUUGGGUCUAUCAUUGAGAACUUCAAAUGGACCCCGAUGAUGGCAAUCUUCUUCGGUGGCCUGUCCUUCCACGUCAGCUGUGCCCUGCUUGCCCAUCUGCUACACAUCAACAUGCAAUGGGGUGCGACGUCCAAAGAGAAGGAGAACUCGAACUUCUUCCAAGAGGUGCCGAAGAUUCUAAAGUCCUUCAAGUACCUGUACGUCUUCGUACUCCUCUUCACAGGUGGAAUGAUCUACUUGUCACUCUUCGCUCCUCGAGGCUGGGAAAUCGUCGACUUCACAGCAAUUGUUCCCAUGGCCGUCGUACUAGGGAGCCACGCCCUCACUCCUAUAGUAUUGAACCCAUCUCUCAUGAUCUUCAAUUACUAG